AUGUCCGCCCCCCACGACGGCUACGGCCAGUUUCCGCCUCAACAACCCACCGAACAACCCCCGUAUCCCGACCAAGGUUAUGCGAACCCGGCCGAUGCCCCGCCCCCGGCUGCUGGCGCACCUCAUGCUGCCGACCAUGGCAAAAAAAAGAAGCGCGCAUAUGCUGCCGGCGCCUUCGAUGUCGCCGCGGGGGGCAAUGCUGCAGUAGGUGGUCAGGUACAAGGGGGGGGCCAGUUUGGAGCUCCGGCCCCGGGCUAUGGAGGCUAUCCGCAACCAGAGGCCCAGCCCGCUACUUAUGGCGCCCAACCUGCUGCCUACGGCGCCCAACCGCAACAACCGUAUGGGAUGCCUGCGCCGGCACCUGCCGUGGGAUAUCAGGCCCCGGAACCGUAUUACCCCUCGGCCGGCGCUCCUCCGGUCCCGGGUGACGUUGCCGGUUUGGCCUCCGGCAUGUCGGCCAUGAAUCUUGGACCGGGAGCGCACCAGCAACCGCAGCAAGUUCCGGCCCAGGGGAGAGUCGGCCCCCUCAACCAGCUCUACCCGACCGAUCUCCUCAACCAGCCCUUCAAUGUCUCCGAGUUGGACCUCCCUCCGCCGCCUAUCAUCUUGCCGCCGAAUUCCAGCGUCACCCCUUCCCCAGAUGCGAACUGCCUCCCAAAAUAUGUGCGAUCGACCGUGAACGCUAUCCCCACGACGCACUCGUUGCUCAAGAAAAGCAAGCUACCGCUGGCGCUCAUCAUUCAGCCUUACGCCGCUCUUCACGAUUUGGACGACCCUGUUCCCGUUGUCCAGGAUCAGGUCAUCUCACGUUGCCGGAGGUGCAGGUCUUACAUCAACCCAUUUGUUACCUUCCUGGACCAUGGCCACCGAUGGCGCUGCAACAUGUGUAACCUCACCAACGACGUGCCUCAGGCAUUUGACUGGGACGCCGCGGCUCAAAAGACCGUUGAUCGGUGGCAGCGGCACGAGCUGAACCACGCCGUCGUCGAAUUCGUGGCCCCGCAGGAAUACAUGGUCCGCCCCCCGCAGCCGCUGGUCUAUCUCUUCUUGUUUGAUGUCAGCUAUGCUGCUGUAUCGACCGGUCUCCUUGCCACUAGCGCCCGUACCAUUCUCGACAGCCUGAAUAGGAUCCCCAAUGCCGAUCGGCGCACUAGACUCGGGUUCAUCGCUGUGGAUUCCAGCUUACACUACUUCUCAGUGCCCAAGGACUCGGAUGAGAACGGCGAGACGAGCAUGCUCGUAGUGAGCGACUUGGACGAGCCGUUCCUCCCGGUUCCCCAGGAGCUGUUGGUCCCCCUGACCGAGUGCCGGAAUAGUAUCGAGAACUUCCUCACUAAGCUCCCCGAAAUGUUCGCCAACAACCAAAACAAUGGGUCCUGCAUGGGAUCUGCCCUUAGGGCUGGGCAUAAGCUGAUCUCACCCCUCGGUGGCAAGAUCGUGGUCCUCAGCGCCUCACUCCCCAACGUGGGCUAUGGCAAGCUCGAGAUGCGGGAAGACAAGAAGCUGUUGGGCACCUCCAAGGAAAACGGCUUGCUCCAGACUGCGAACAGUUUCUACAAGAGUUUCGCCGUCGAAUGCUCCAAAAAUCAGGUUUCAAUCGACAUGUUCCUCUUCUCGUCUCAGUAUCAGGACGUGGCAUCGCUCAGCAACCUUCCGAGGUACACGGGCGGUCAGACAUGGUUCUACCCAGGAUGGAACGCGGGUCGCCCAGAGGACGCGAUCAAGUUUGCCUCCGAAUUCAGCGAUUUCCUCUCCUCCGAGAUCGGUUUGGAGGCGGUUCUUCGCGUUCGGGCGACCACCGGUCUGCGCAUGAGCACAUUCUACGGAAAUUUCUUUAACAGGAGCUCCGACCUGUGUGCGUUCCCUGCCUUCCCUCGCGACCAGUGCUACGUGGUCGAGGUGGCCAUCGACGAGAACUUGACCAAGAACGUCGUCUGCUUGCAAACGGCGGUUCUGCACACGACGUGCAACGGUGAGCGCCGCAUCCGAGUGAUGACGCUCGCUCUGCCGACAACAACCAACCUUGCCGAUGUCUACGCUUCCGCCGACCAAUGCGCCAUUACCACGUACUACAGUCACAAGGCCGUGGAAAAAGCGCUCGGCAGCGGCCUCGACUCUGCUAGGGAUAUGCUACAGAGCAAGGUUACCGAGCUCCUGCAGACCUUCAGGAAGGAGUUGGCUGGCGGCAGCAUGGGCGGCGGGCUCCAGUUCCCAUCCAACUUACGGGGCCUACCAGCCUUGUUCCUGGGCUUAAUCAAGCAUGUUGGACUGAGGAAAUCGGCGCAGAUCCCGUCGGAUCUACGAUCUGCAGCCCUCUGCAUGCUGUCGACCCUCCCCCUCCCGCUCCUGAUGCAAUACAUCUACCCCCGGCUGUACUCGUUGCACGACAUGCCCGACAACGCGGGCUAUCCCGACCCGGAGACAAGCCAGAUCGUGCUACCGCCGCCGCUCAACCUUUCGUCGGAGCGGUUCGUGCCCUUCGGCCUCUACCUCAUCGACGACGGGCAGACGCAGUUCCUGUGGGUCGGCCGCGACGCCGUCCCGCAGCUGCUCGUCGACGUGUUCGGCGUGACCGACCGGGCGCAGCUGCGCGUCGGCAAGGGCGCGCUGCCGGAACUGGAUAACGACUUCAACGAGCGCGUGCGUGCCGUCGCGCUGAAGAGCCGCGACCACAAGGCAAAGGGUGUCGGGAGCAUCAUCGUCCCGCACCUGUACAUUGUUCGCGAGGACGGCGAGCCGAGCUUGAAGCUGUGGGCCCAGACGCUCCUGGUGGAGGACCGGGCGGACCAGGGGAUGAGCUACCAACAGUGGAUGGGGACGCUGAGGGAGAAGGUCAGUACUUGA